GUUACACAAUAUAACAGGUUAAUUUAAUGAAACUGAGAGCAGUUACAGAAGCUCAAAUCUUGAGUACUGUGCUGUUUAGGUCUGUAUAAUAAAUGGACAGAAGGUCAGUGUCAUUGUGGAGAUGUAAACCUGGAUGAGGUUAGAGAGACAGAAAGAGGAAGGAAGUACAAUUCUGCAUCUUCUCACUCAGUACGGAAGAGAAAGACUAACAUUAGUCACAGAAUUUAGUCUCAUAUUUCAGUAAAAUGUUCAGCAUGUGUGUCGUUCUGCUCGUCUUUUCCAGCAUCUCUACAGCUCUAUAUAAUAAUAUUUCUGUUUCAGCUGUUGUUGGUGCACCAGAAACAGUCAGAGGACACAGAGGAGAGAGAGUAGAUAUCAGAUGCAGAUAUGAAUCUGGAUAUGAAUCGAAUUCAAAGUAUUUAUGUAAAGGCAAGUGCAUCUUUGUAUCAAGAAACAUCAUUGUUAGAUCAGGAUCUCCAGCUGAAGACGAGAGAUUCUCUCUGACCGAUGACACGACGGCCAGCGUUUUCACCGUCAGCAUCACUGACCUGAGAACAGAGGAUGAGGGACAAUACUGGUGUGGUGUGGAGAGGACUUUAAAUACUGAUGUCUAUUCAGAGAUUAUGUUGCUGGUUAAAGAGGAUAAGGAGACUGCAGAGGUUUCAACUAUCAGCUCUUUUAUAAACACAGCGUCAUAUUUCAGCACAACAGAGAUAUAUUCACGAUCCAGCAGCAUCACAAUCACAGAAAGAAAAGAAACAAUCACAGAUCAGCACACAUCAGGAGGUCGGUUAAUCUGUCUGUCUUCUGUUGCUGGCGGUCUGGGUUCGGUUCUGCUGGUUCUGGUUCUGUGUUCUGCAAUGUUCCUCGUCCUCAAAAAGAGAAAGAGGAAAUCUAGGACAGUCCCUUCAGCUUUAUUUCAGCAAAAUGUGCAGCACAAUACGGAGAGUGUCCACAUGUAUGAGAUUGUAAACAGUGACCCUGGACCAUCUGAUGUCAUCACUGCAACAUCUCCAUCCAAUCAGACGCCUGCAUCACACCUCAACACCCGCCCUCAAGACUCUGCUGUUUAUGCCACAGUAACCAAUCAGCAGCCUGAUUCAAACCCCAGUCACAUCCACUCGACCAAUCAGGUGACGGAUACAGACUGUGAUUAUUAUGCUAAUAUGAAGCCGCCUGAUCCAACAACAGAAAACAGAACAGAACUGAUCUACUCAACAGUGACACGUCCACAAAACAUCAAGACCAACGACGGCCCGAUAUACUCAAUGAUCAAACAUAAAUAA